GAAUUAUUAAAAAAAUAGAAGAAAUUAAUUAAAAAGACUCUUCAAAAUCCUGUAAACAAAUUCUAUUAAAAACAUAAAUAUUAAGAGGAUAAUAGUCAGAUCUCAAAAAGUAACAAAAAUAAUAUUUUAUUUUAAGAAAGCAAAUAUUAAAUGGGUAAUACAUGCUGUUGUACCAACUAAGCAUAAGAUUAGUAGAAUUAAAUAGAAGGAAUAACUUAACGCAAGCCUGAGCUUCCUGAAAAUGCAUUUGAUGAUGACUAAGAAUAAAAUACUACAACUAAAAUAGGAAAAACUACUAAAGUAAAUGCAGCUCCUCAUAAUGAUGAUUAAACAAAUGCAAAUUCAUUAUAGAAUGAUAGAAAAGACUCAAGUAGAAGCAUAACUAAAGAUGUUUAUGAUGAUAAUUCAAAAAAUGCAGUGACUUAUUCUCAUAAUAUAGAUCCUGGUUAAUAAUUUCAUCUUCCUCUUCCAGAUAUUGCAAAGCCUAUAACUGUUAUACCCGAAUUUCUUAAUGAAAAUGCAAAAAAUACUCUUCUUUCUUAAGGAGACUUUUUAUAUGAUGAAGAUGCUCCUGAUGAUAAGCAAUUACCACAUGCAGGUCCAUAUGAAUUUGAAAACGGAUCAGUUUAUAUUGGGUAAUGGAAAAAUGGCAAUAGACAUGGUCGUGGAAAAUAAUAUUGGAAUGAUGGAAGCCUUUAUGAAGGAUACUGGAGAAAUAAUAUGGCAGAAGGAAAAGGUAGAUUAGUCCACUCUGAUGGUGACAUAUAUAUUGGUAGAUGGCACAAAGAUAAGGCUAAUGGAAUGGGAGUAUAUCUACACAUAGAUGGAGCUAAAUACGAAGGUGAGUGGAUUGAUGAUAAGCAAAAUGGUAUGGGUACAGAAUCUUGGCCAGAUGGAGCAGUGUACAAAGGAUAAUAUGUAGAUGGAAAAAAAGAAGGAUAUGGAAAGUUUAUGUGGGCUGAUGGCUCAGUAUAUGAAGGAUAAUUUAUAAAAAAUAAUAUACAUGGCAAAGGUACCUAUAGCUGGCCUGAUGGAAGAUAGUAUAUUGGUGAUUGGGUAGAUAACAGAAUGGAAGGAAAGGGAGUAUUUACUUGGAGUGAUGGAAGAAAGUAUGAAGGAGAAUAUUUGGAUGAUAAAAAGCAUGGAUAUGGUGUUUUUGAAUGGCCAGAUGGAAGAGUGUAUAAGGGAUAUUGGGAAAAUGGUAAAUAACAUGGUGUUGGUUAUUUUACAGGACCUAAUGCUAUAGAGAAAAAGGGUGAGUGGAAGAAUGGCAAAAGAGAAAGAUGGAUCUCUGAAGAUGAUGAAAAUAAAGAAAAACAAAAAUGA